UUUCUAAAAGCGCGUAUGUAUCACGUAAACCUUUUAAACAAAUUCAAAACACGUGAUUAUAUAUUUUGAUGUAAUCUGAUAUAUUGAAUGCAUCAAUAUGUUGGAUAAGUCAAAUACCCAUAAAUUCACGCAACGACGGACUUUAUCCGUUAGCUGAGACGUCAUACAAUUUACGUCGUUCAUUCUAAAACACGGCAGCAGGCUAUCGGUGAGUGCGCGUUGUAUCGUGGUUAUACGAUAGACUGCAUAUAAUCCUUGCUGAGCAAUGGAAGAUAAGUUAAAGAAAGAGUUGGGUACAGCCACGCUAAAGUUAGCCGGCCACGCCGAAGGUGGAUGCAUUAGUCAGGGCCAGAGUUACCACACGGACACAGGCAAAGUGUUUGUUAAAACAAACCACAAGAGCCAGGCCAAAUUAAUGUUUGACGGGGAAAUGGCCAGUUUGGAGGCUAUAAUCAAAACGGGCACAAUUCAAGUGCCCAAACCUGUAAAGGUGAUCGAGUUGGCAACUGAAGGCUGUAUGUUUGUAAUGGAGUAUUUGGACAUUCGUGCCCUAAGCAAAUAUUCCAGGCAGCUUGGAGAGCAGGUGGCUGAUCUGCACCUUCACAAUAAGAGACAGCUGGAGAAAGUGAGCAAAGAGCAGCACACCGUUGGAAAAGGAGCCGGGCAACGGGAAGGCACUUACGUGGACAAAUUUGGCUUCCCGACCAUUACGUGUUGUGGCUAUAUCGCACAGGAAAACGAAUGGCAGGAUGACUGGAUGACCUUUUAUACUCGCCAGAGGCUCGAGUGUCAGCUAAACAUGCUGGAGAAGUCGAACGGGGACAGAGAGGUCCGAGAGCUUUGGGCGGCACUGCAGCUGAAGAUCCCGGGGUUGUUCCGAGACGCGCAGGUGUUCCCAGCUCUUCUGCAUGGCGACUUGUGGGAAGGCAACGUGGCAGAAACCGGCAAGGGCCCGGUGAUCUUCGACCCCUCUUCUUUUUACGGCCAUUCCGAAUACGAGUUGGGAAUCGCCGGCAUGUUCGGAGGCUUCGACAGCUCCUUUUUCUCAGCCUACCAUGAGAAAAUUCCUAAGGCGCCCGGCUUUGCCCACAGAAACCAGCUCUAUCAACUCUUCAACUAUUUGAAUCACUGGAACCACUUUGGUGGUGGCUACAGAGGCUCGUCAAUAAGAGUCAUGAAGGACCUGCUCAAGUAAUUGGACUCAACCAAGUGUUGCGCAUGUGCAGAAUCUUUGACCAAGACCAUUCUAAAAGUUGUUUCUGUGUAUUA